CGCAGCCACAGUGUUGUGGGGAUGAUCACUCGGGCUGCAUGUUGUAGCGAGUCGGACUGAAGUUUUUAGUUUCGUUUCAGAGCGAAAUGGGCUCUCCGGGUUCGAUGGAGUUUCGUAAAUCCUGUCUUGGAGCAGCUGGCAGACUGAUGAUGGACAUCAUGCAGUUUGACUGGGAGCCUCUGGGUCACUGGGAGCUCGAUCAGCGCCUGGACCAGGCAGUGGAGGAGAUGAUCGAGGCCGACCUGAUGUCCGGCGUCCAGGCUCAGUGUAGCCCUGUUUUAAUGCAGGUGUCUCCACAAGAAGACUUCAUGAGUUUCACACAAGAGCAAACACAAACUGUGACCAUUCAGUUGUCAGAGGAGCCCCCGUCCACUGUUUUCCAGGAGGAGCAGGAGGAGCACAUCAGUGAAAUAGAGGGAAACCCCACUGUUCAGUAUGUCACAGCUCUUCUACAGAACUCCAACUCGAGCCACAGCCAGAGCCGACUGACCGGGAGAGCUCGUUUGUCCCUGUCUCACACCGUCUUCCUGUCGCUCACCCUGCUGUCCAAACGCCUCAGCUACCGCACCGUCUCCUCCACCUUCCGCCUGGAGAAAGGCAACAUCCACAGGAUCUUCUUCUCCUUCUGUGACCGUGUCAACGCACUGCAGGACCAGCUGAUCCGAUGGCCCACUGGUGAAGAGGCUGCAGAGCACCUGCUUCCCUUCUCUAGCUGGCUGGGGUGGGAUGAAAGGCUGGAGGAGAGGGGUUUGCCUCAGGUGUUGGGGGUGCUGGGCCACACCCGCAUCCCCAUCCUACCAAUCAGCAAACAGGACGGGGAGAGCGCUGUGCCGGAUGUGAAGAGGCUGAAAAAGGAGCCCCAUCCAGACUCCUGGCUGAACCUGGAGCUGGUGUGCAACAGUCAAGGCCGGUUUGUCCAUUGUCACAUCAGCAGAGGCUCUGACAGGGACAGGGGCAGCGCCCUGAGCGAGAAACUCCAGCAAAACCCUGAACUCAUGCCUCCGGGGACCUGCCUGCUGGCCAGAGUGGGAUAUCCUCUCACUGGACACAUACUGACCCCGUUCUCCCCAGGCCGAAGCCCCCAGGAAAACCUCUACAACAGGUCAGUAGAGGCCCACCUGGGCGGGUUUGACCAGGCCGUGGCCGACCUGAAAGAACGCUUUCAGAAACUGAGGUACCUGGACAUGGGCAACUUUGAGAGGGCGAAGGCCGUUGUGUUAACCUGCUGUAUUCUGCACAAUGUGUUUCUGGAGAUGGGUCAUGUGACCAAGGGGCAGGUGGACAGGGAGGUGAGGGAGGAAGAAGAAGAAGGAAGAAAAGAAGAGGCUGGCAUAACUCUGAGAGACACUGUCGUAAAUCUGCUGUACAGCGCCCUGGAGGGAGGAACGGAUUAACGGAUGGGUGGAGCUUAAAGUGAGAUGUCAAAUUUUCUGCAGAAUCCAAUUAUUGACAUGUAAACAGAGACAUUCAGAGAGGUUUGAUGUGAAAUGAUUAACUCUGCAGCUUCAAAAUGUUUUACACAGUGGAGAUGUGGGGACAAUAUUAUUUAGUCAUGACUUUGACUUAGUAAGAUGUGGGGACAAUAUAAUUUAGUCAUGACCUUGACUUAGUAAGAUGUGGGGACAAUAUUAUUUAGUCAUGACUUUGACUUAGUAAGGUGUGGGGACAAGAUAAUUUAGUCAUGACCUCGACUUAGUAAGAUGUUUGGACAAGAUAAUUUAGUCAUGACCUCGACUUAGUAAGAUGUGGGACAAGAUAAUUUAGUCAUGACUUUGACUUAGUAAGGUGUGGGGACAAGAUAAUUUAGUCAUGACU